AGAAAGUAGCCCAGGAACUGCUAAGGCCUUGGAAAUAUUUGAUCCAAGAUUUUCUAGAUCAGAUCCACCCGCCGAACUUAUUGUACCUUUAAAUCUGGGCAAGGUUGGAACAGUGGCGGAGCAAGAUCCGGGAAGCCUUCAAGCUGACGAGAAAACGCCUAGAUCAAUCGAUUCAUCUCCCAACGAACAAAAAGCUCCUCCUUCGAAAACUUCUGUUGAUUCUUCGACUACGGAGUUAUCAUCUACAGAGCUAUCGAGUAAGGACAAGCUUACCGUGGAUGAUCUGAUCACUCCAACAGAUGGCACUCUGACAUCGUCGUCGGUCAACGAAACCGGGAAGAAGGUGUUGGAUCCCGCGAAACUUGGUUUAAUGGACUCCCCGAAGACUCCAGCUGAUGCUUCGACCACGGAAUUGCCAUCUACAAAUCGAUCUAAGGACAAACAUUCGCAGCCGGCCAACGAAACAGGGAAGAAGGUGUUGGAUGCCGCGAAGCUUGGUCUAAUGGCAGUGGUAGGCGCACCCAUUCUCGCUGGAAAGGCACUGAUAGAGAGUCUGAAGCAGGAUCCACGGACACAUCCGGAUGUGAGCUCGCAGAAGGAUAAGCGAACGACGAACGUUGUGGAUGCAACGGUUUCAAUGCUUGAACAAGAGAAGUUAUCUGACGGUCCAGUGCGGAUGAGCGAAGAACCAAAACCGUCACAAGUUGAAGUUAAAAGUGACAGGAAGGAAUCUGAGGUGACCAUACCAUUGAAGGUCACGAACGAUCCUCAACAACUCGAACAAACCGGAAUUCUUGAACACGACUCGUUGGAUCACUCGAAACAGCUUUCAGUGGAUGAACAAAACAAGAUACCGUUCAAAUCUGUAGAAACGUCGAUUGUCUCUCAGGAAAUAGCUGAGAAGGAAGAGAGCUCGAAACAACCAACUUAUGAUUCUGGUAUCCAUGCGAUGGAAACGGACAGCAAACCAGAACCGAAAGCAGUUAUAGAUGACCCAACGCCAGCGGAAGAUUCCGUGGAUAGAACUGUAAAUUCGGUGAGCAUAGUAACAGUGAUUUUGGAGCAAGAACAUCAUGAACAGUCCCAUAAAAAUGAUCAAAACACUGACCAUUCAACACAUGUUAGAAUAACCAAAGAAGCAACCAUUGUCUCCACUGUUGAAGACUCCAUCCAUGAAGAACCAGCAAGGAACAAAGACGACAAAAAUGUUUCGGAGACUCCGAGCGUACGUACGAUUGUGUCUGGUUAUUCAAGGAUAGAAACCAGCGGAAGUCCGGUGGAUGACUCCGACAAAAUAACAAAAUUUGAUGAACCAGAGACUAUAGAAUUGAUUGAGGCGGAGGAUCAUGUCCCGGUAGUAGUCAAGAGCGAUGAAGUAUUGGAAAAAGUUGGUAAGGAUGCCGAAAAACCUUCAUCAAAUGAUGGACUUGCUGUCUUGAACGCAACAGCUACCUUCCUAGAACACGAACGAAUUCCGAUCGUCAAAAGCGCACCCAAACAAAGCGAUAUUGAGGGCAAGAUUCACGCUCAAGAGUCCCAACCAUCGGAAGUUCUCGUUCGACCUGUAGAAACUUCCCAAGCAAACACCAAUCUUGGCAAAGAUCUUCCAGUGCAUGAAACUCAAUCACCCCUUGAGCGCCCUACAGCCCUUCAAACCGACAAGAGUUCCGCGGUCAACGAAGCCAGCAAGAAGGUUGCUAAUGCGGCCAAACUCGGCUUGAUGGCAAUUGUUGGUGCGCCCAUUCUCGCCGGUAAAGCAGUCAUAGAUGCGCUCAAAAAAGAACACCCCGAAGAGGGGUUAUCUCCGGUCGUUCCUAAGGAUCACCCCAGCACAGCUACCACCGCCAGCUUUUUGGAUCAUGAACGAUUCCCCAUAAAAGAACUUCAGAGGCCGAAGGAAACCGCCGUUGAAAGCGUCGAAGCUGUUCUUGAACAGCAGGAAGACACCGAGCGCAAGUUGAAAACGCCCGAGAAGCACGUUACAUUCGAAUUCGUGGAGCACACACCGGAACAUCGACCUAGGGACGAAUCGUAUGAACGACUACCCCUCGGAGAAGCCGUUUCGCAAGGUAAAAUCGACCCAAAGGUAUGUCGGGUGUUGGUAGACGACAAAGAAAUGCCUUACACCGUCGAGGAAGGUCUGAACAAUCGAAACGUUCGAAUCUACGAUAUUGUUGAUGUCAUUUCUCAGAAGCUGGUGUCCUUCGUUGAGGGAGAACCUGACGGCUUAGUGAUCGACGAGUUACUCACGAAGCACAAGUUGGUCGAGCUGGGAGUGUACGAUGCCGACAAGGAAACCUUCAUCGUACCCAACACCGGUGAGCGACUGUCCUUCCUCGAUCUCGUCUACAACUCAGGACUGAUUGACCCCAACACGGUUCACGUCAAAGAUUUGGGGCGUGACAAGUACGAACCUCUAGAAGUAGCUCUCAAGAAGCAUCUCAUCGACAAGAACACUGGACACAUGUUGGACAACAAAACCGGCAAAAAGGUAAAGUUCGUAGAUUGCUGCAAGCGCGGUUGGAUCAUCCAGCGGGAACCCUCGAGCGAAAAUCUCGACCAAUCGCCCACACUGUCGGAGGUUUUGGAUGCUGGACAGUUCAACCCGCAAACCGGACAGCUGGUUCAGAACAACCAGGUUGUGCCGAUUGCCGAAGCAUUACGUGCAGGCUUUAUUGACAACGAGUCGGUCUCGGUGAGGGACCCAACCAAUGGCGAGAUAAUGCCGCUUCGGGUAGCGAUUGAACGUCGCAUCAUCAACCUCAAGCUGGGGGUGAUUAUGAAUAGAGAAACCCAGGAGGAGAUCGAUCUGAACGAUGCCUACAGCCGAGGUUAUAUGCUAGAAGGCAAGCGUAAGCCAAUUUCGUUGGAAGCCGCCGUUCGCAAGGGUCUCUACAAUCCAGAAUCAGGACUGAUUCUAGACACGAUCACCGAGGAGAUGGUGGACGUCCAGCAGUCGGUUCGCAAAGGCAUCGUUGACCCGAACAUUUCCAACGUGAAAGACACCAAGGAGAAUGUUUUGGUUCCGCUGCAGACUGCCCUGGACAAAAAUCUUAUAGACGCGGAAUCGGGCAAAUUGAAGGAUACCGAGACAGAUGAGUUGGUACCGUUGGAUGUCGCCCUGGAGAAGAACCUGAUGGACACCAAACAAGUAACGCAAAGUUUGAUAGAUGUGUUGAACAAAGAAUUCUAUAAUCCGGGCUCGGGUAAAAUUCUGAACCCCGGAAAUGGUGAAGAAAACAUCCUGCAGGAUGCCAUAAAAUCGAACCUGGUGGAGAUUGAAAGUGUUCUGGUGAGGGACGAACAGAAAGAUAAGGUUGUAAAAUGUGCGGAAGCUAUUGAAAGUGGUCUGUUGGACGAUACGAGAGGGGUCCUCACUAGACCCGAACUCACACUCGAUCGUGCCUACCAGAAGGGUUACAUUCUUAGCAAUAAGAAACCAAUUUCACUAGCAGAUGCUCUACUCAGGGGUUUUUAUGAUCCGACGAGUGGAUUGCUGCGCAUCGACGGUGCACCUGCUGUUACCUUGAAGAAAGCCAUUGCCGAUGGUGAAAUCUCAACCUCUGACUUGAUCGUACGUGAUCCCAAGAAUAGGGGAGUGUUAAGUCUCUUGGAUGCCAUACAAGCAGGGCUAGUGGACCCGGUUUCUGGUCUUGUGAUCGAUUCGGGCUCCGGUCUAAGUAUGGGUAUGAUGGAUGCCCUGGAGCGUGGUAUUAUUGUUGCGGCGAAGCGAAGGUGUAGUCUGUCCGAUGCUGUUUUCCGAGGACUGUACGACCCGAAGUCGGGUCAAUUCAGCAGCACGACAACCCCCGAGAAGAUGUCCACCGAGCGUGCCAUCAGACGUGGAAUGCUCGAUCCGGAGUCUACGAUCGUGAAUGUGGCCGGUAAAAUUCAACCGUUCGAACUUGCCGUUGAGAAUGGCACGGUUGAUGUGAAACGGGGUACCGUCGUGGACGACACGGGAAGCAAGAUCGAUUUUAGGGAAGCAUUUGACCGGGGACUGCUUGUUGAGGUUAGAAAACCAAUCAGUUUGAGUGAAGCCCUUCUGAAGGGCAUCUAUCGGGAGAGCAGUGGGUUAUUCAUGGAUCCGAAAACUGGUCGUAAGUUGACCCUCAUCCAGGCCAUUGCGGAUAAAAUGAUAGAUCAUAAUUCGGUUCAGAUCAAGGAUCCCGUCACCGGGUUCUAUAGGGAUCUCGAUCUGGUGGACGCAAUAAAGAGCGACCUGAUCAAUGGUCAAAAUUCGAACGUUAAACACGGUGCCGAGAAGAUCACACUGCGGCACGCCUUCGAUAUCGGCUUGCUGUAUGAUAGUAAGGCUCCAAUAAGUCUGCAGAGAGCCAUCCAUCAGGAUAUUUAUGAUGAGAAGUGUGGGAAGAUCGUUGAUCCUGCCUCUGGGCGUAAGAUAACUUUGCACGAGGCUACGAGAAAGUUCAUUAUCAAUCCUCGGCUGCCGUGCUACUUCAAUGAGAGGGAUGAGGUUAUGCUCAAUCUGUUCGAGACGUGCCGGGCGAAGUUGAUCGAUCGUAGGGAGGGUGUCUUCAAGGAACCGGGUAGUGAAGUUUUCAUCCCCCUGAGUGAAGCCUUGGCUUUGGGUUUGAUCGUGGAUAUCGAGAGCGCUGGUUUCGGUUUGUACGAAACACUUGCAAUGCGUUUCUACGAUAAAAAGAGUGGGAAGAUUCUUCAUCCGAUUACCAAUCGGAAGAUAACCUUGGAGGAAGCUUGUAGGGAAGAUAUUGUAAACCCGGCAUCAUCGAUUGUUAAGAACACAGUCACGGGGAAAUUUAUACGACUAGAUGAAGCCAUUAAGGCAAACAUCAUCGACCAACAGGAGGGAGUAUAUGUGCUUCCGAAGGGUAAUAAAAUUGAUUUGCAGGAAGCCAGAAGAAAGGGAUUAAUCGUAACCAAUCAGAAGCUUCUGUCGUUGGAGAAAGCGAUCAAGCUACAACUGUAUCGUUCGGAUUCUGGUACCUUUGUAGAACCAGUUUCCGGUGAUCAUCUUCAGCUUCAAGAAGCACUUGACAGUGGACUGUUGGACUCAGAAACGACGGUAUACAAGGAUGCCAUCACUGGGCAAGAUAAGCCUCUUAGGGUAGCUAUCAAUGACCUGGACAUAGAUACGGUUAAGGGUAAGGUUCUAGAUAGAAAGACGGAAAGAGCGUACAACUUUGACGUAGCGUUCAAUAAGGGAUUGUUAGUGACGAUUCAGAGACCUAUUACAGGCAAAAUAUUGGAGCGGAAGGAAAGUAUAGAUAAUUUGCUUCAGGAGUCUCCUUCGGGUAAAUAUCCUAAGGAGAUGUCUUUGAAGGAUGCCUUGAGAUGUGAUAUAGUGUCGGUUGAUAGAUCAGUAGUUAAGCAUCCUACCACGCGACUGUUCGUUCCUUUGAAGUUAGCUUUACAAGAAAAUGUGAUCUCCGAGCAGAGUAGAGCCACCAUUGAUCCCAAACAGUCAUUCUUUGUGUUCGACGGAAAUCUUAUCGUGUACGUGAAGGAACCAUUGACCUUCGAUCAGGCUGUUGAAUCCGGUCUACUGGACCUAUCGACCGGUAAAUUCUUGUAUAAAUCUUCGGCGAGUGGUAAUGGUACAAAUGGAGGCGACUUGAUUGAAGUAUUAAAUCUGAAGGAUGCAAUCGGGCAGGGCUUCGUUGAUCCGGAGUCGGUUCUGCUGAAGGAUGGUGCCAAGAAAAAAUUCCUCUCAUUACCCGAGGCAUUCCGUAAGGGUCUGAUCGAUGCCGACAAAUCGAAUGUUCUGGAUACAAACACGUCCAAGCUUACGUCGCUGCAAACGGCUGUCGAUACCGGUUUAUUAAUUACCCCGAAGCGAGCCAUCUGUCUGAUGGAGGCUCUUAGCUAUCAUUUGUAUAAUGGCGAACGUGGCACCUUCGAGGACCCGUUCCAUCCAAACCAACAGAAAACUCUCAAUGAAACCAUCCAGUCUGGUUUGAUUGAUCCAACAACAACAAUGGUACGUGACAUUAGUAACAAUAGUGUAAUAAUACCGUUGCUAACCGCCAUCAGUAACGGUUUAAUCGAUCCGGUCGGUGGGCAUUUCAAUAUUGAAAGUGAACAUGCUAAAGUAGAUCUCGCGAAAGCGCGUGACCGAGGAUAUCUUAUGCUAGCGGAGCAAAGGCAAGCGGUGGUCGAAAAGUUCGCCUUGUGUGAGGAUCAUCUUUCCAAACUGCUGGAGUGGAUCACGAAGGUCGAACAGGAUAUCGCUUCCAUUGGGGGUCCGAAGGAGCGCGUGGAUGACUUGAGAAAUCAAAUCAAUUCACUUAAGCAAAUUAAGGACGACAUCGACGCCCAGUCUCGCCCGGUAGCAUCCUGUUUGGAGCAGGUGCGCCAGUUGGUACUUACCGGCGGGGAUGUACUCAGUGCUCCCGAGGUUGCCGCGUUGGAGAGCUCCGGUCGUGAGUUGCGAUCCCGUGUCGACAAAGCUCAGGAUCGUACCGGGAAGCUGCUUCGUCGGCUGGGUGGAGCACGCGAUGAACUCGGUAAACUCCGGUCGGAGUUGGACACCUUCUCAAGCUGGCUGCAAACAUCCCGUCGAACGCUGGAGGAUAAGGAAAGCACAUUGUCCGACUUGAAUCGUCUUUCGUCCCAGUCGGAAUCGGUUAAGGAAUUCCACGGAGAUGUUAUCGCACAUCAGGCUGAUCUGCGUUUCAUCACAAUGUCGGCCCAGAAGUUCGUCGACGAAAGCAAGGACUACCUAGCGGUGUUGAAUGACUUCCGUACGACGCUACCCGAACGUCUACCCCACAUCGAGCAGGUCUCCAGUUCUGACAGCCCUAUCCGACAGGAGGUUUCACUAGUUACAGCACAGUAUCGUGAUCUGCUGAAUCGCGCCAACGGUUUGUUGGAUCGCCUUGCCGGCCUCGGAGGUCGCCAGCGUGAGUACCAAGAAGCAAUGGAGAAAGUUCGCAGCUGGUUGAGAGAUGCCCAACCACGGGUCUCUGCUGCACUAGCCGACCCGAUUGCUGCCGAUCCUCAGUCGGUUCAGGAUCAAAUGAACCAAACGAAAACUCUCCAAAGCGAGUUCCUGUCACAGGGACGACUUAUCGACAACCUGCAGAAUUCGCUGGAUGCUCUUCUCAAAUCACUGGCCGGACGUCUUAGUCCGUCCGAAGUAUCUUCCCUCGAGAUUCCUGUUGAAGACGUGAAGGACAAGUACAACCAAAUGCUGGAAGCCUUGGGAGACCGCUCGAAACUGCUGGAUACAGCCCUAGUACAAUCCCAGGGCGUUCAGGAUGCCUUGGAUGGCCUAUCCGGAUGGAUCAACCAGUCGGAGGACAAGUUCAAGCUACAGAACCGUCCAGCGUCGCUGAUAAAAGAGCGCCUGAAUGAACAAGUUCGUGAACAUCGUGGACUCCUGAACGACCUGGAGUCACACCGCACUAGCUUGGAAAGUGUCACCCUUUCAGCCCAGGAGCUCAUGGCCACCGCGUCAAAUGCCCGUCUAGCGAAGAGAAUCGAAACCAAUUUGAGCGACGUUACCGCUAGAUUCGAGAAACUUCUCGACAAGGCACUGAAGCGUGGCGAAUUCCUCGAGGAUACGUUGGCUCAGUUACAGCGAUUCAACGAUGAUGCCGUCAACUUGGAACACGAGCUUUCCGGUCUACAGGAGGCGCUUGAUGGCCGGGAAUUGGCAACGCUGCCAGCGGAAACUUUGACUCAACGUAUGAUCGAGCUUACCAGAAAUAAGGAACAUCUUCGUUCGCUCUUUGAAAACUGUGUGAGGCUGGGCAAAGAUCUGCUCGCUAAACGCGAUGUCACAGACACCAGCGUGGUAAGAGACCGGGUUAAGGCUUUGGAAAGCGCUUGGAAGAACUUGGAUGUCACUCUGGAGGACAAACUCAAGCUCUCCAAACAAAAGGCCGAACAAUUGAACGCCUACGAAGAUCUGAAAGAUCAAGUACUCGUCUGGUUGUCAAGCAUAGAAACCAGAACCAACAACCUGAUGCCGGUUGCGGUCGAUAUCGAUACGAUCAAGCUUCAGAUCGAGGAAGUCAAACCUCUGAUCAAGGAACACCGAGACUAUGGCGUCACCGUGGAUAAAGUCAACGAUCUCGGUGCCCAAUACGACGCACUGAUUCGACCCGACAGUCCAACGCGCAAACGCUCGGUCUACAGCCCCAUCAAGCGAUCAACGGUAAGUCCAAUGCGCCGACUUUCGGGCGAAACACGCUCACCCAGCCCAACCAAGGGGCUUCUGGUGGGACAGAGCCCCACCGUUUCGCCACUGUCUCCGGGUGGAUCGAGCGGAUUCGGUAGCCGGCGGUCGUCGCAAGAUGGCUUCCAGCUAACCGAUCUGACACCGAUCCAGCAGCAACUGACGGAAAUUAACAAUCGCUACAGCCUGGUUGGGGCCCGUCUGAACGAUCGCCAGAAUGAGCUGGAUUCCGUGAGGGAUGAGGUCCGUAAACAUCAGGAAAGCCUUAAAACGUUAGCGAACUUCCUGGACAAGAUCCAACGUCAGGUACCCAAGGAGGUGAUCAGCACGAAGGAUGAGGCCGAGCGCUGUAACAAGCAAGCGCGUAAGAUCUUGGAGGAGAUGUACGAGAAGCAGAGUCUGCUUGAUUCUACUAAGGCUCAAGUGAAGGAUCUACUGAAGCGUAAACCUGAUGUUCAAGGAGCCGAUCGGUUGCGAUUCGACCUGGAUGGGGUCGCUGAUCGCUGGAAGAAUUUGCACGAUCUCUGCAAGGAUCGCAUCAAUUUCUCCGAGCAGUUGCGGGACUUCUUGGAUACUCAUGAUAACUUGAACAGUUGGUUGGGAGCGAAGGAACGUAUGUUGACCGUUCUCGGACCAAUUUCUUCCGAUCCACGUAUGGUUCAGAGCCAAGUUCAACAGGUACAGGUGCUUCGUGAGGAAUUCAGGGGUCAACAGCCACAGCUUAAUCAUCUGCAGGAGGUCGGUACCUCCGUGCUUGAGUACCUACGCGAAUCAUCACCGGAAGGUCAGGCCGUUUCGUCGAAGUUGAAGAACGUUCAGAAGAAAUGGGAUGAUCUGGUUAGCCGACUGGAUGAACGAGCCCAAAGUUUGGGUGCCGCCGCUGAUACUUCCAAGGAAUUCGAUGCUGGUCUCAACCGCCUGCGGGAGGCACUUCACACCAUAAGCGAUAACCUGGAUGCUCUUCCCAUCGAUCGGGACCACCAGGAAACUCUACGCAAAAUCGAGAACCUCGAGCGCCAACUUGAGGGCCAACGUCCACUAUUGGCCGACUCGGAGGCAGCUGCCGAAGCACUGUGUCGUGUGCUAAGCGACCCAGCUUCGAGAGCCGACGUGAACGCACGUGUAGCUGCCGUGGGUAAACAGUAUCAGAACCUGCAGAAGAAAUUGGACCACCGAAAGGCGGAAACUGAUGCAGCUCUGCGCGAUGGGCGCCAAUUUGCCGAGACCUGCGCUCGGACGCUCGGGUGGCUGUCGGGAGAGCUGGGUAACCUCACGGAACGCUUGUUGGUGUCUGCACAUCGUCCAACUCUGCAGCACCAAAUCGACACUCACGAACCAGUGUAUCGGGAAGUUAUGGGUCGUGAACACGAAAUUAUCAUGCUACUGAACAAGGGUCGUGAGCUGCAGGAGAAACCAGGACAAACCCCAGAUCGUACCGUACAGCGUGACUUGGAGAAGAUCUCCCAGCAGUGGGAACGUCUGAGGGGAGCUGCCGUCGAUCGUCACUCUCGGCUUCAAACAUGUAUGGAACAUUGCAAGAAACAUUCGGCCGCGUCGGAAAUUUUCUUGACGUGGCUGCGGGGAGCCGAGGAGAAGCUGGCUUCCUUCAAACCGGGCAUCCUGAAGAAAUCCCAGCUCAAUCAGCAGCUGAAGGAGCUACAGACCCUCCGAUCGGAUGUGUGGAAGAAAUCAGGCGAAUACGAGAGCGCUCGCGGACUGGGAGAAUCGUUCAUUGCAGCGUGUGAUGUUGACAAGGACCCCAUCAAAGCGGAACUUCAGGAUAUGAAGGAUCGCUGGGAGCGUCUGAACAAUGAGCUUCUAGCACGCGCUCAAGCCCUGGAAACCUGUGCCAAGCGGUUGGGAGACUUCAACGACGAGCUGCGCGAUCUGGAGCAUGCCGUCGGACGAUGCGAGGAUCGGUUGGCCGCACAUGAUGCGCUGGGAGGUGCCUCCAAGGAUCCCAAGCUGCUGGAUCGGGUGAAGACCAUCAAGGAAGAUGCUGCGGCACUCAGAAAACCACUCCAGAGUAUCCGUAAGCUUGCCGGCGAUAUCGCCGUGGAAGUACGUGCCGCUGGAGGAGAUGCCGAUCAUCUGAAGAACGACGUAGAUGGUAUUGCCGAUCGUAUUGAAGAUCUUCACGCGCGGCUGGAUGAUCGCUGUGGGGAGCUGCAAUCGGCUGCCACUGCGGUUUCACAGUUCAACGAUGCCGUCAAGGCACUGGGGGUAGAUCUGAACGAAUUGGAGAAUCAAGUUGACUCUCUGUCACCCCCGGCUCGGGAAAUCAAAACCGUGAUGAAUCAGCUGGAUGACGUAGCCGCAAUUCUGGGUAAAAUCGAUCGUACCGCAGAUCAUGUGGCCGAAGUUGAACGGGCCGGGGAACAGCUGGUGGAUUCCGGUUUCGCACCGGAUACGGCCACCACGAGGGAUAAAAUCAGUUCGCUCAGGAAGCAGUUGGCCAAGCUUGAGAACCGGGCCCGCGAUCACGAAGAUGCACUCCAAAAGGCGCUUAAGUCACUAAGAAGCUUCUACGAUCUCCACCAAACCACGCUGGAUGAUCUAACCGAGGUGGCAGACCAGGUGAAGAAGUUGAAGCCGGUCAGCUCGGAGUUGGAGCAGAUCCGCAACCAACAGGAGGACUUCCGACGCUUCAAGCAACGCCAUGUGGAACCGCUGGUGCAAAACAUUGCCGAAAUUAAUCGCAACGGGCAGGACCUGAUCCGGUCGGCCCAGGGAGGCGUACCAACGGGUGUCCUGGAGAAAGAUCUGGAGAAAAUCAACGACCGGUGGAACGAUCUCAAGGAGAAGAUGAACGAACGUGAUCGUCGGUUGGAUGUUGGUCUGCUGCAGUCGGGUAAAUUCCAGGAAGCCCUCGAUGGGUUGUCCAAGUGGCUCAAGGAUACCGAAGAGAUGGUUGCGAACCAGAAGCCGCCAAGUGCUGACUACAAGGUGGUUAAGGCACAGCUACAGGAGCAGAAGUUCUUGGCUAAGAUGUUGAUGGACCGUCAAAACUCGAUGUCGUCCCUGUUCCAACUUGGACAGGAGGUUGCUGCGGGUUGUGAUGCUUCGGAAAAGGCUGCCAUCGAACGUCAACUCAAGGAACUGAUGGGACGUUUCGAUGCGUUGACCGACGCUGCCCAAACUCGUACUCUGGAUUUGGAGCAGGCUAUGCAUGUGGCUAAACAAUUCCAGGAUCAGUUGGUCCCACUCACAAAGUGGUUGGAUGGUGCCGAGCGCGCUGUGAAGUCAAUGGAACUGGUGCCAACUGACGAGGAGAAGAUUCAGCAGCGUAUCGUUGAGCAUGAGCGUUUACAUGAUGAGAUUCUGUCCAAGCAACCCGACUUCAGUGAGCUGGCCGAUAUUGCUGGUCAACUGAUGGAGUUGGUUGGCGAUGAUGAAGGUGUGGUGCUCAGUGAGAAGGUUAAGAACAUUACCGAUCGGUAUACGGAUGUGGUUCAAGCGAGCGAAAACAUUGGUCAUGUACUGAACGAAUCUCGCCAAGGACUUCGCCACUUGGUUUUGACCUAUCAAGAUUUGGUCUCAUGGAUGGAGAAUAUGGAAAACCGUCUGCAGCGAUUCCGUGUGGUUCCGGUGCAUACCGAAAAACUACUCGAACAAAUGGAUGUUUUGGUAGAGUUGAAUGAAGACAUUGCAAGUCGCUCACCGAACGUAGAAUCAACCGUUGAGGCUGGAUCCGAGCUGAUGAAGCACAUUUCGUCUGACGAAGCCCUUCAGCUGAAGGAUAAACUUGAUUCGCUUCAGCGUCGAUAUGGUGAGCUAGCAACCAAGGGAGGUGAUCUGUUGAAACAUGCUCAAGAUACACUGCCACUGGUGCAACAAUUCCAUCAAUCCCAUGUGCGAUUGGUGGACUGGAUGCAAGCUGCCGAAUCCACGCUGGCUACCGGGGACUCCAACGAGAUCGAUAUCGUCCGGUUGGAAGCUGAUUUGGCCGGAAUGAGACCAGUUCUGGAGGCUGUCAAUUCCGUUGGUCCUCAGCUGUGUCAAAUUUCACCCGGAGAAGGAGCAUCCACAAUCGAAGGAAUCGUCACGCGCGAUAAUCGCCGCUUCGAAGCGAUCGUCGAGCAGAUCCAGAGGAAGGCGGAGCGUUUGCAUCUUAGCAAGCAACGCUCCAAUGAAGUCACCGCCGAUAUCGAUGAACUGCUCGAGUGGUUCCGCGAUAUGGAUGCAACACUCCGUGAUGCCGACCUGCCGGCAAUGACACCCAAACUUGUGCGGGCUCAGUUGCAGGAACACCGUUCGAUAAACGAUGAUAUCUCAAGCCAGAAGGGUCGUGUCCGAGAUGUUACCUCCGCGGCGAAGAAGGUCCUCCGAGAAUCACAACCGAACGAGAACACCAUCGCAUUGCGGGAGAAACUGGAAGAUUUGAAGGAGGUUGUCGAAACGGUCGCCGGUCUGUGCUCCAACCGAUUAGCAAUACUCGAACAAGCGCUUCCACUUUCUGAACACUUUGCCGACUCACACAGUGGGCUGGUAACCUGGUUGAACGAGAUGGAACACCAAAUAUCGAUGCUUGGUAUGCCCGCCCUGCGGGCGGAUCAGAUUGCUAUCCAACAGGACAAAAACGAGCGACUGACACAGUCUAUAGCCGAGCACAAGCCUUUGCUGGACAAGUUGAACAAGACCGGUGAAGCACUGAUGGCCCUGGUAGCGGACGAUGACGCCGCGAAGAUCAGCGAAAUUGUUGAAUCGGACAACGCGCGCUAUGCUGCCCUGCGAACCGAACUUCGCGAACGUCAAAAUGCACUCGAGCAGGCCCUUCAAGAAUCUAGUCAAUUCUCGGACAAGCUGGAAGGUAUGCUGCGUGCACUACAGAACACUGCCGAGCAAGCCAACCAAGCCGAUCCGAUCUCCGCCCAUCCGCCAAAGAUUCGCGACCAGAUAGAGGAGAAUGCCGCGCUGGUUGAGGACAUCGACAAACGUAGCGAGGCAUUCGCCGCCGUGAAGCGGGCGGCCACCGACGUAAUCUCGAAGGCAACCAACCAAUCCGACCCUGCGGUCCGUGACAUCAAGAAAAAACUAGACAAGCUGAACAAUCUGUGGAACGAGCUGGAGAAGAUGACAUCGAAACGGGGUGUCGCGCUGGAUGAUACAUUCGGCGUGGCCGACAAAUUCUGGAAACAACACCAGGCCGUAAUGGACACCCUGAAAGAACUCCAGGAUGCCCUCCAAACUCAGGAACCACCGGCAGCUCAACCACAAGCGAUCCAAAAACAACAGGUUGCCCUGCAGGAAAUUCGCCAGGAAAUUGACCAGACCAAGCCGGAAGUUGAGCAGGUGCGCCGCACAGGCAGCAACCUGAUGUCACUUUGCGGUGAACCGGACAAACCCGAGGUGAAGAAACACAUCGAAGAUCUGGAUCACGCCUGGGACAACAUCACCGCGCUGUAUGCCAAACGCGAGGAGAAUCUCAUCGACGCGAUGGAGAAGGCCAUGGAGUUCCACGAGACGCUCCAGAAUCUGCUCAAUUUCCUGUCGAAGGCCGAGGAACGCUUCCAGAAGCUGGGUCCGCUCGGUUCCGAUAUCGAAGCGGUCAAGAAGCAAAUCGAACAGCUGAAGCACUUCAAGGAUGACGUCGAUCCCCACAUGGUAGAGGUUGAGGCGUUGAACAGAGCAUUGAACAGGCAAGCCCUCGAGCUGACCGAGCGCACUUCGGCCGAGCAGGCCAGCGCAAUCCGCGAGCCGCUGAAUGCCGUCAAUCGUCGCUGGGAGAGCCUGCUGCGGGGAAUGGUCGAACGGCAGAAGCAGUUGGAGAAUGCCCUGCUGCAUUUGGGUCAGUUCCAGCACGCGCUGAACGAGCUGCUGAUUUGGAUCAACAAAACCGACGCCAAUUUGGAUGAACUGAAGCCAAUCCCGGGUGAUCCACAGCUGCUAGAGGUUGAGUUGGCAAAGCUUAAGGUGUUGGCUAACGAUAUUCAUGCGCAUCAAAGCUCGGUGGAUACAUUGAAUGAUGCCGGCAGGAAACUGAUCGAGAACGAUCGUGGCUCGCUGGAGGCUUCUACGACGCAGGAUAAACUGCAACAAUUGAACAAACAGUGGCGCAGUAUGCUGCAAAAGGCGGCCGAUCGCCAGCACGAGCUGGAACAGUCGUUGCGGGAAGCGCAAGCUUUCACUGCCGAAAUUCAGGAUCUUGUUGGAUGGCUGGGGGAUGUGGAUGCCGUUAUUGGGGCGAGCAAACCGGUCGGUGGACUGCCCGAGACAGCGUCCGAACAGUUGGAACGAUUCAUGGAGGUUUAUAACGAGCUAGAAGAGAACAGACCAAAAGUGGAGACGCUGAUCGCACAGGGACAAGAGUACGUGCGCAAGCAGACCCAGAUGAAGGUGUCCGCUAGCAAUUUGCAGCACACGCUGAGGACGUUGAAACAACGCUGGGAUGCGGUGGUAUCAAGGGCAUCGGAUAAGAAGAUCAAGCUGGAAAUUGCACUGAAGGAAGCAACCGAAUUCCACGAUGCCCUUCAAGCGUUCGUGGAAUGGCUGACUCAAGCGGAAAAGCAGCUGUCCUCGGCGACGGCCGUUUCGCGAGUUUUGGAAAC